AAUUCUAAGCAAGCUUUUCCCUUUUGGUUUGCUUUUGUUUCUUUGCCAAAAGGAGAGGACACUGAUGUCAAAAGAGAUGAUCUUGCAAGGGCUCUAAUGGUAGCUUUCUCAUCAGCACCUCUUCUUGAGCCAUAUGUCAUUCCCUUGCUUCUUGAAAAACUCUCUUCUUCUCUGCCAUCAUCAAAGCUUGGUGGAGGUUAUCUAUUUGGGUUGCCUUUGGGGUUUGUUACUGAUUCUAUUGGUGCAACAAUUGGUACUACAGCUGCAUUUAUUCUUGGUAGAACAAUUAAGCAUGCCCAGCAUCUUACACCUGGGACUGCAGACCGGUUUGGUGAACUAGGGAUUAUUGCUUCAGUACAGAAUUUGGAAAUAUCUUGUCUUGAAAAGAAUUUGGAUAUGAGACUCGGUGUAGUCACCAAAGAAACUAAACCUGGUCUAACUGGUUGUUGAGAUCAUCUGCACUUUGGUCAGAAAAUUAUCUCCUAAUCCUAAUAGUGCUGCUAUAAUGGCCAUGGGUGUUAACAUCUUGGCAAAGAGAUUGAAAUGGUAAGCUAAUCAUAGUUGAGUUGCUCAUUUUAGUUUGAAACUUUAUGAUGUUAAGAAUAAGUGUUAUACAACAAUGCUUAUGGUUUAAGACAAUUAAAAAAAAAACUGCACUCUAUAUGUUUUAUAUAUUUCUCUAAAAUGGCUGGAUCCUUUUUCAAAUUGGGGUUCUUGAUUGAGUUUCUAUCCCAUGCUGCCAUUGUUGGGUUCAUGGGAGGAGCUUCCAUUACAAUUGCCCUUCAGCAGCUCAAAGGAUUGCUUGGCAUAAAAAAGAAUUUCACAAAGAAGACAGAUAUUGUCUAUGUUUUGCGCUCAGUGUUUAAUUCAACCCACCAUGUUGUAAUAUGAUUUCUUAAGCCUAAACUAGUAGACUAAA